AUGGAGCCAGCGGCACAGCAAAAGCCCGAGGCCAAGAAGUGCAGAGACUGUGAACAAAGAAAACGUGUGAAAACGACAAGUGCAAGCCUUGAGGAGUCCAUGGGAACUGUGCAGGCGGCGCUGGUGAAAAUGAGCAGAGGAUUGCAGAGCAAAGUCGUGCCACCCAUGAACCCGAAGUUGGUCACAGAGGAAAAAGUGAACCAGAUGCUGACACCCUCAGAGUUCCUCAAGGAGAUGUCCCUUACCACGGAGCAGAAAUUGGCAAAUACAAGAUUUAUAUGCCGGCCACAGAUCAUUGAGCUCUUAGACAUGGGAGAAACAACACAUCAAAAGUACUCCGGAGUUGACUUGGAUCAGGCCUUAUUCCAGCCCUUCCCGUCAGAAAUCAUAUUCCAGAACUACGCUCCCUGUGAAGUCUAUGAAGUGCCAUUGACCUUAAGGAACAACGACAAAAUCCCAAGGAUGGUGAAAGUUGUUGAAGAAAGUUCACCUUACUUUAAAGUCAUCAGCCCCAAAGACAUUGGCCACAAGGUAGCCCCAGGAGUGCCAACUAUAUUCCGCAUCCUCUUCAUUCCAGAGGAGAACAAGGAUUACGCCCACAUGCUGACCUGUAUCACUGAGAGAGAAAAGUUUGUUGUGCCCAUCAAAGCUAGAGGAGCUCGAGCCAUCCUGGACUUUCCCGAUGAGCUGAAUUUUUCCACUUGCCCUGUGAAAUACAGCACUCAGAAGAUUCUGCUGGUCCGAAACAUUGGCAACAAAGACUCUGUGUUCCGCCUCAAAACUCAAAGGCCUUUCUCAAUUGAGCCAGCGGUCGCCAUUCUCAACAUGGGCGAGUCCAUGCAGCUGGAAGUUGACUAUGAGCCUCAGACGGUGGGCGAUCACAGCGAAAAACUCAUCGUGGCUUACGAUACAGGUGAAACAGUAUUUGUGCGUCUCUGUGGAACAGCCAUAGAUGUGAAUAUAAGACUGGACAAGAAUUCUCUGACCAUCGAGAAAACCUACAUAUCCCUGGUCAAUCAGCAGACAGUAACCAUUCACAAUCGCUCUAAUAUCAUUGCCCAUUACCAGUGGAAAAUAUUUGCUACCCCAGAAGAUGAGGACAAAGAAAAACUUAGGGUCUGUGAUGAUCUGGACGAGGAGGAAAGGACUGAAACCAAGGAGUUUCUUGAAGAUUGCAUCUUGGAUGAGUCACUCCGAGAACACAUUUCCGUACUCUCCCGCACCUUUGAGAACCAGAGGAAUCAGGUUCUCGAAGACAGCAUGAUGUUUCUGAAUCACAUUUUCAUGAUGGAGCCCCUGGAAGGCGAUGUCUGGCCCAACUCCUCAGCUGAAAUGACUGUGUACUUUAACCCCCUGGAGGCCAAGCUCUAUCAGCAGACAGUCUACUGCGACAUUUCGGGCCGAGAGAUCCGCUUGCCCCUCCGAAUCAGAGGAGAAGGAAUGGGGCCCAAGAUUCUCUUCAACUUCGAAUUACUGGACAUUGGCAAAGUUUUCAUUGGAUCUGCCCACUGUUACGAGGCGAUCCUGACCAAUAAAGGCAGCAUCGAUGCCCUCUUCCACGUGAUCCCUCCAGUUUCAGCCAUGGGGGCCUGCUUUGUCUUCAAUCCGAAAGAAGGCAUCAUUGAACCCGAUGGGGUCCAAACUGUCCAGAUCUUUUUCAGUUCUACCAUCCUGGGGCCCUUAGAAGAAGAGUUCCUGAUCGAUGUGAAUGGCUCCCCCCAGCCCAUGAAACUGACCAUCAGAGGCUGUGUCAUUGGACCGACAUUCCAUUUUAAUGUCCCCGCUCUGCACUUUGGUGAUGUUUCCUAUGGAUUUCCCCACACUUUGAUGUGUUCCCUCAAUAAUACAUCUUUGGUCCCCAUGACCUUCAAUCUGCGUGUCCGUGGGGAUGGCGAGGGCUUGCAAAGCAUCCCAAGUUACCCUCAGGAGUCAGACAGCAAAAAAUGGCCUUGGGUUAAUAAAGAGACACCCACAAUAAAACCAAAAGAGUUCACCAUCACCCCCAGCAGUGGCACCAUCCGUGCCCAGGGCUUUGCUGCCAUCAAGGUGACCCUGUGCUCCAACACCGUGCAGAAGUAUGAGCUGGCGCUUGUGGUGGAUGUGGAGGGCGUCGGAGAAGAAGUGCUGGCACUCCUGAUCACCGCCAGGUGUAUCGUACCUACCCUCCAGCUGGUUACUGAAGAGAUGAACUUUGGCCGCUGCUUCCUGAAGUACCCGUAUGAGAAGCACAUCCAGCUCAUCAAUCAUGAUGACCUUCCUGGAUGCUAUAAGGUCCUGCCUCAGCUGUAUGAGGGUCCGCCCAGUGUCCUGCUGUCCAGCCCCUGCCCCUGUGGGAUCAUCUCCCCCCACAGCACCGUGAACAUUCCACUGGCCUUGGAGACCCAGGUCACUGGUGAACACAGAUCCAUAGUUUACAUCUCCAUCUUCGGGAGCCAAGAAUCCCCUCUGACAUGCCAUAUAAGGAGUAUUGGAGAAGGUCCAGUUAUCUUCAUACAUCCCACUCAAAUCGAUUUUGGCAAUAUCUACGUGCUGAAGGACACUUCCAGAAUUCUCCAGCUAUCUAACCAGUCCUUCAUCCCUGCAUUUUUUCGGGCUCACAUGGCAAACAAAAAAUCCCUUUGGACAGUUAAACCCAGCGAGGGCAUAAUUCCUGCAGAAGAUGACACUCCACUGACCCUCACUGCCAACCUGGACGACAUAGUGACAUUCAAAGACACAGUCGUUCUGGAGGUUGAGCACAGCAGCACCUACAGGAUCCCCGUCCAGGCCACCGGGAUUGGCUCUACCAUUGUUUCAGACAAGCCCUUUGCUCCAGAACUCAACUUGGGAGCACAUUUUAGCAUGAAUACACACUGUUACCGCUUCAAGCUGACUAACAAAGGACGGAGGGUCCAGCAGCUGUUCUGGAUGAAUGAUGAUUUCCGCCCCAAGGAUAAGCAAAGUAAGAAGGAGGCAAAGAAGAAGGCACUUGCUGGUUGCCGUCGCCAGUCCCAGGCUCCCCGGGCACAGACAGACACAGAGAACCCCGUGUUUCAACUUUACCCUGUCAGGAUGGAGUUGUACCCGGGACAGACGAUUAAUGUGCUACUUGAAGGCUAUUCUGCCACUCCCAGGAGUGUCAAAGAAACACUGGUGUGCCACGCCAUUGUCGGAGCCCGGAAGGGAAAAAGCUUGCUGAUGUCUGUGAACAUUAUCUGCGAGUUUAUAGCACCAUUUAUCCAGCUCUCCACCAAGCAGCUUGUAUAUCGACUGGAAAAGAAGCCUAACAGUAUCCUGGAGGCUGAUUACCGGCCUUUGGCCAUAAAGAACAUCUCAACCCUGCCUGUGAACAUACUGCUCUCCACAACCGUCCCCUUCUUCAUCUGUGAGACUGACAAAUCCCCACUGCCUGCAACUCCUAAGCCUAUUAAACUGGAGGUUCAUGAAGAGAAAAACCUACUGGUCAAGUUUGACCCCUCCUACAAGAAUGACCUAAACAACUGGGUGGCGGAGGAAGCUCUGUCAGUCAAGUAUGUGGAACACCCUCAGGAGGACAGCCUGAAGCUGCGAGGAGAGGUGCAUUACCCCAACCUCAGCUUCGAGAUGAUGGAGGUGAAUUUCGGCUGCAUCCUGAAUGACACCGAGGUCAUCCGCUACAUCAUGAUCACCAACUGCAGCCCCCUGGUUGUGAAAUUCCGAUGGUUCUUCCUGGUGGACAAUGAUGAAAAUCAGAUAAGGUUUACACCAUGUGUCAAGCCCUACAGUGCCCUCGUAUCCCAGAUGGAGUCCAUCCCUGCCACCUCAGUGACCACCAGCUCGCCAGCAGUCCCGCCCAUGGUGGAGUCUACUGAGAUGGACUACAGCGAUUCCAUCAAGACUAUCCUUAUGGAUGACGAGGCUGGACCUGAAGAAAGAGAAAGCAAAAAACCCACAGAAUCCACCGAGUUCUCAGAAGCAAUGAAAUACAGCUCCGUAGGAACAGACAGAAGCCAGAGCCAGGUAGACUACCCAGAAUCCCCGUGGAUCUUUGAACAGGAGGAGAUGCUUUCCAUUGGGAUAGAGGAAGUGUUUGACAUUUUGCCCCUCUAUGGAGUUCUGCAGCCGUACAGCAGCCAUCAGAUCUCGUUUACCUUCUACGGACACUGUGACAUCACGGCGCGGGCCAAAGCUCUGUGUGAAGUGGAGGGAGGGCCCACGUAUGAAAUCAUACUGAAGGGAGAGGCUUCCCUGGUCAGCUACUCCUUUGACACGACUAACAUUAACUAUGGAUUACAGCUGUUUGACCACGUCACGGAACGUGAAAUCACACUGAAAAACAUCGGGAAAGUUGGCUUUGAGUUCAAAGUUCUGACUAGCUACCAGUCUUCGCCGAAGAACAUUCUCCCUGGAGUACCACUCAUCCUGCCCAAGUCGGGGUUUAUCCACUCAAAUAAGGAGCAGGUGUUGAAAGUCUACUACUUGCCUGGAAUACCUGAGGUCUUUCAAAGAAGCUUCCAGAUACAGAUUGCCCACCUGGACCCAGAGAAAAUCACUCUGUAUGGGGAGGGUGUCUUUCCUCGGAUCAGCCUUGACCUGCACAGGAACCUCAAAGGGAAUGAAAAGUAUGAACGUUUCUUAGAGCAAGCAAAGAAAAUCACAGCAAAAGAAUAUAAGAGUAUUGAUCACUGUGAGUUCCUAAAUGAGGAAGUCACUGAGGAGGAGACAGCGGAGAUAAGUACUCACCUCCAGAUGGAGGUAGAGAGACUCAUAGUCCAAGACUAUGCCCUGGAGCACCAGAAAACCAUCUCCUCGAGUACCACAGAGGAAAACUGCUUCAGCCAUCGGAAUCGCCGCAAGCUAGCCAAAAUCCAGCUACCAGAAUACGUCCUGAACUUUGGCUACAUCGUGCUUGGUGACGUCCGUACCCACAUCAUCAGGAUCACCAACACCAGUCACCUUUCAGUGUCCUUCCAUGCAGAAAAGCAUGUCCUUCAUGAUACAGGCUUCAGCACCGAGCUAGACCGUGUAAAGAAUCUACCUUACUGUGAGACAGAAACAUUUGAAGUGAGAUUUGACCCACAAGGGGCUAAUCCUCCUGUGGGCACCAAAGAAGUCGUUCUGCCCAUCAAGGUUUUUGGAGGGCCAACCAUUCACCUCCUGCUCCAAGCUACCGUGACCAUUCCAAGUAUGACCCUGUCUUGCAACAAAGUAGAAUUUGCUACAACUCAGUGCGGACAAUGCAUGGUGGAAACCAUUCAGCUUUCCAACCAUCUCCAAGUCCCUUGUGAAUGGUUUGUCUGCCUACCACAGCCUACUAACAAGAUGGAUAAACACAUGCCAAAGUAUUUAAAACGAAAAGUACACGCUGAGAUGAUUCCAAAGUCCCGGAUCUUUGAGAUCCAGCCCGUUUCUGGAGUCUUGGAUGCUGGCGAGAAGGCCAAUGUGCAGGUGAAAUUCAUGCCUAAAGAAGAGAAAUUCUACAACCAAUCCCUGGUGUUCCAGAUUAGCCAGAGCCCUCAGAAGCUCAUUCUUCUGGCACAUGGCCAAGGUCUGGAGCCACGCCUGGAAUUCAGUCCUUCAGUCCUGGAACUAGGGCCCCUCCUGCCUUACGCAUCAGGAGACGAGGCCGAGGUGAUUGUGAGGAACCCCUGCAGCUUCCCCAUUGAGUUUUACUCCCUAGAAUUUGACCAGCAGUACCUCUUAGAAGAAAAGAUGUUGAGACAGCUGAAGGGCUAUGACUCCUACAACACCCUGCUGCUUCCUACCCGGAACCCGGGGGAGAAGCUGCCCCAGGAAGUCUAUGACUACUUCAAGGAGAUGAAGAAAUCUAAAGAAGAACAACUGAAGGCGAAGUAUCUGGAGUCCCUAUCGCAGGAGAUCGCUGACAAGCUCCAGAGCACAGACAGCCACUCCAGAGAGGAGGUUGGAGAGGUGGAAAGCAGCCCAGUGAGCAAGGCAAUUGCACGCCACCUGGGCAUCGACAUGACAGCAGAAGGCCGCCUGGCCAAGAAUCGAAAGGGCAUCGCCAUUAUCAUCCACGGGACACCCGUGUCCGGAAAAACAACCAAUGCCAUCAGCAUAGCCAAAUAUUACAGUGCAGCCUGCCUGAACAUUGACUCCGUUGUCUUAGAAGCCAUGUCUGACAGCAACAACAUUCCAGGGAUUCGGGCCCGGGAGCUGUGCAUUAGAGCUGCCAUAGAGCAGUCCAUGAAGGAAGCAGACGAGUCAGCUCAGGAGUCUUCAACAACAACCCAAAAUAUUGGGAUACCAAUACGGCUAAGCACCGAGAACUUGGGCAGGUAUACCUCAGACCUUACUCUAACAAACCAGGAUUCCAAACCCUCGAAGAGUAUUCGUGGAAGCGUAUUGCUCACGAAAGGCAAGGCGGAUAGCCACUUUUCUGGGUCUCAGAAGCAGCAUCACCAGCACCCAUCUGAAACACAACAGGUUUCCUCCAGCCCUCUCACGGCGCCCGCCCAGCGGCGGCUCAGUGUCAGCGCCAGUGUCGCGGGUGAGACGGGGCUGUUGAGCUGCAUUCUCCCAGAAGACCUUCUCAUUCAGAUCCUGGCUGAGCGGAUACAGAUGAGCGACUGUUUCAGAGGUGUGGUGUUUGAUGGCCUGGAAACACUCUUUUCACGGAAUUUGACCUCUACCCUCCUCUGCCUGCUAAAGGCCAUCGGCAGCCGGGAGCACAUAUAUGUCCUCAACAUGGCUCAGGAUUAUAUGGCCAUGAAAGCCCAGGAGAAAAUAAAAAAGGAGCAAGAAGAGCUCAAACACAGGGAGGCUAUGAUGAAGGAGAAGGAGCGUCUCCGAUCAUUAGAUGAGGAAGAAUAUGAUGCCCUAACACCAGAAGAGAAACUCGCAUUUGACCGUGAGGUUCGGCAGACACUCCGGGAGAGAAAGAAGAGGGAGCUGGAAAGGUUGGCCAGGGAGAUGCAUGAGAAGAAGCUGCAACAGGAGCUGGAAAGGCAAAAGGAGGAGGAUGAGCUGAAACGGAAGAUCAAAAAGCCUAAACAGGGCCCGGUGAAGGAGGAGCCGUCCCUAAAGAAAGCACAAACAGCCACGAACAAGCAGGCUCCCACGGGUGCUAAGUUAGACAUGAAGGUGGACUCGAUAGAAAGGAAAGUCUCCAUCAGAGAUCAGCCAGCACUUGACGAAACCACCAAGAAAAAGAAAACCACCGACCAACCGCCGCUUGGAUUUCCUGUUACCCAGGACCAAGAUGAUAGUGAAGGAGACCUGAAGGAUGCUGACAAAAUAAUGGCACAAAGGUUUAAAGUCUAUGACCAGAGUCUGAAGGAUAUCCAAAACAUCCUCACAUAUUGGGACCGCAAGCAAGGGAUCCAGAUGCCCCACACAGGCAUGGAAGAUUUAGCUCAUGAGCCUGAUGACCAGCGCCAGGCUCCCUCUGGCGGCGGUGGAGGAGGAGGAGGUGGUGGGCGCAGGGGCCGCAAGGACAGGGAAAGGGAGCGCUUGGAGAAGGAGAGGGCCGAGAAGGAGCGCCUGGAAAGGGAGAAGGCUGAGAGGGAGCGCCUGGAGAAGCUGCGGGCCAUGGAGGAGCGGAGUGACCUGGAAGUAGAGGGGGAAGAGGAGCAGCAUGAGGGGAAGAAGGAUCUGGGGGUGCCCUUUAUCAGCAUCCAGACUCCAGACUUUGAAGGCGUAAGCUGGAAGCAGGCCCUGGAGAGCGACAGGCUUCCCAAAGAAGAUCAGAUCCUGGACAUGCUAGGCCUGGGGUCCUCUGGACCACCCAUUCCAGCUCCUGCCUUGUUCUCCAUCAUCUCUUACCCACUGAAGAGGCAGUCUUUCAUCGCCAACGAGGUCCUGAAGCACUUUGUGUUUGUGAUCCCAAGUGAUGAGCUCACUCUGUUGGACGAGAAAAAAGAAUUAGAUGGAGACUCAGAUAUCUUCCUCAACACCAUGAUAGCCAAGGCCCAAGAGGAACAGGCCUCUUCGUCUAGGGGGGCCAGGCUGAGAACGAGAGAAAAAGCCGAACAACUUCGUGAAAGUCAGAGGGAAAAACGCCGCGCAAACUACACCAGGAAAGGCCUCACCGGAGGGCCAUCAGGUACCACGGUCUCAAUCUCUGACAUGGAUCAGAACAACUUCGACGGAGAACACACCCCGGAGAAGUUCAUUAGGCUGAAUCACUUCCGGUGGAUCGUGCCUCCCAAUGGAGAGGUGACCUUGAGAGUGCACUUCUCCUCUACUGACGUGGGCAACUAUGACCAAACGUUUAAUUUCGAGCUCCUCGGGACCCACCGCCAGUACCAGCUCUACUGCCGCGGGGUCUGCACCUACCCGCACAUCUGCAAAGACCCGAGAGUGGUGUUCCCUCAGAGGAAGAAAGAUAAGAAAGUAAAUGAAGUCAUCUUCAAGAAGUAUGUGAUGAGUAUGGAGAAGUUUUACUUUGGGCCUCUGCUCUGUGGAAAGUCAAGGGACAAGUAUAAGUCAGCCUUGUUCCUUGGCAACAUGGAGUCACUGACGAUCCUGAACGAUUCUCCAAUGGUGGUGGAGGCAUACUUCUGUUUUCAGCAUGAUGUCAAAGCAAACACCUACUUCCUAGAGCCUUCCAACAUGACUCUGAAGCCAAACGAAAAGCAGAUAGUGAAUGUAUGGGCCUACCCUACUGCAGUCGGUGUCUGUGAAGACAGCCUUGUCUGCUGUAUCAAGGAGAACCCAGAGCCAGCCAUCUUUAGGCUACACUGCCAAGGAAUUCGUCCAGAAAUUGAGCUGGAGCCAAGGCAAUUACAUUUUGACAGGCUCUUGCUUCAUAGGAGAGAGACCAAGGCUGUGAUUCUCCGCAAUGUCACACCCCUCGCUGUGGCCUGGCGGAUCUCCAGCCUGGAGCACCUAGGCGAGGACUUCACUGUGUCCGUGCUGCAGGGCAUCAUCCCAGCCAAGGGGGAGUUUGGGCUGCAGGUGCACUUCCAGCCCACCAAACCUAUCAACAUCAAGAAGGCCAUUCGGAUCGAGGUCUUAGAUGCGGAGAAUCUUGUUGGUGUUGUUCAGCUCGAAAACAUCUUGCUCUUUGCAGAAUCAUAUGAUAUUGCUUUGGACAUCACCUUCCCCAAAGGAGCUGAAGGAAGUCUGGACUUUGGGACUGUGAAGGUCAUGGAUGAGAUGAAGCAGCUCCUUCAGCUGAAGAACCGUGGGAAGUAUGAGAUCAUGUACAGCUUCUCUGUGGACAACUUAGGGUUUUUGCCAGCAAAUUUAAGUUCGAUGAUCUCCAUCAUACCCAUAAAAGGGACACUGACCUCAUCAGAUAAGCCCUUAACUGUUCAGAUAUACUUCCGGGCAAAAAAAGAAGUGAAGAUUGAGCUCCAACCCAUUCUGCGCUGUCAGAUUAUUGAGCCCAAUGUCCCAGAUGGUGAGAUCAUUGCCAGCAUCCCAAUUAAGUUUUCUGUGAAUGCAGUGUACUCCAAAUUCACCAUCAGCCCCUCCUCUAUCAUCAACUUUGGGGCUUUGAUCUGCGGUACCAGGAAGAACACCACCUUCACCAUAGAAAACCAAGGCAUUAUCGACUUCAAAUAUGCCCUCUACAGGCUGACAGGGGAGAGUCCAAUUCAUCAAAAGAAGCCGACCAGUCACACGAGGCACGGAAGAACCCGAGAGAGUGACAGCUUCUACAAGUCUGGACCUGCCAAACCUGCCAAGUUCUCAGAAACAAUCCAGAAAGACAUGAACAUGACAAACCAGGCCCGCUUCUCCCAUGGCAUGUUCACUGUAUACCCAGGAUAUGGCUCCAUCCCUUCCGGAGGACAGCAAAUCAUCACCGUUGAAUGUGUGGCUGACCCUGUGGGAAAGUGUGAAGAGUUUCUGGCCAUCGAUAUCUCCGACCGAGACCCUAGAGAAAACCCUGCCGGCAUUCCUUACACUCUGCUUGCUGAGGCAUGUCUGCCAGCCUUUGUGACCGACAACAAUGCCUUGAUCUUUGAGGAACACCAGAUCUGCACUAGCCCCAACCUGUACCACAUCCAACAGACCAUACAGAGUGGGGGGCUGUUUGUGGAGGAUGAAAAUAAGUUCAUCUUCUGCAACGUCCUGGUGGGUCACCAGGCCAAGGCUCGGUUCAAGAUCAGCAAUGUGGGAAAGAUCGCCUGUGAUAUCAACAUUUUUGUCAAGCCCAUCUCCAACAAGGCCAUCAACCGCAUCGCCGACAUCUUUGAUGUGGAGCCCAACAAGAUGUGUAUCGGGAGUCGCUCGCACGCCUUCGCCACGGUGCUGUUCACACCGCAGGCCAUGCAGACCUACCAGUGCGUCUUCGAGGCUAACUUGGAGGGCUUGCCCAGCACCCUGGCCAGGAGCCGAGGUCUCAUGUUUGACAUCAUCGGUGAGGGGACCCUCCCUCGAGUGACCGUCGUUCGACCAACUCUGUAUAACCAACACGGGAACCCCCUGCUCCUGUUUAAGAGGCUGCUCCUUGGUCAUUCAGAGAAACUGCCUCUCAUCCUCAAGAACAAUGGCACCAUCCCUGCCCAGCUGCACGUGGACCUGCGUGACCAACUAGGAGUCUUCUCUCUGAAAGGGAGGCCCACCACCUCCUACAUCUACAUCAUGGAGGAAAACAAACCGAAUGAAAAAGCCAAAAAGGCCCACACAGCCUCCCUGGUUGUUUCUCCUGGAGACUCCGCUGAAUUUGAUGUGUUUUUUCAUGCCAAUAAGAUUGGGAGAAUGACAGGCACCGUACACUUGUCAGUGAUCAACAACCAGUAUGAGGAGACCAAGAUCCACUUAGUAGGAGAAAGCUACGAGGAUGAUAUCACCUUGGACAACAUCCAUGGGCUGAUAGGUUCCACCAUCUCAGAGAACUCGGAUAUGUCCGAGGUCAUAGAGAUCGCUGAGGAAACUGCCAUGGAGGACUUGGUGGCAGCUGCCCUGUUGGACCACAUCCAGUUUGGGCACUGCCACAUUGGAAACAACUACAACGUGAGCUUCACCAUCACCAAUCACAGCCAAGCGAACGUGAUCCGGUUCGAGUGGCCCUUUUUAAACGCACUGACUUUCUCCCCACAGCUAGGGCAUCUCCACCCCGGCUGCUCCAAGGACGUGGUAGUGACCCUGAAGUCAGAAGUGCCCAUCAACCUGAAGAAGGUGGCUGUCAAGUGCAAGAUUUCUAAGAUCAUGUUUCAGCUCCCUGCAGACCAGGUCCCUGACUGGGAUGACCGCAUGCGCACAGUCAAGUGGGUGGAUGCUCCCCGAAACACGCCGAGCACCUUGACUCUAAAGCGAAAAGUGAUAGAGACAGACCCUGAGCCAGCCCACUCAGUAAUAGAAGAAAAUUACCGAGAGCUGCGGAUUCAGAUCAGUGCCAACGUGGAUUUCGCUUCAUAUCAAUGUGAAACAAAUGACGUGUUCUUUAAGGAGACACUGGUUUACCAGACCCGAGUGUUUGAGUUUGACCUCGUCAACACAGGACAGGUGCGAUUAGAAUUCAGCUGGACCUGUGAAGACAUCUCCAAGGCGGUCACUUUUGCCAUGCCAGAAAAUCAAGGUUCCAAUCAAAAAGACCAGCUGAGUCAGGGCACGGGCAGCACCCUGGACAGCGCCUUGGACCACUGGCCAGAAAACUCACCCUUCUCGGUGGAGCCCUCCUCAGGCGCCGUGCCUGUAGGGAAGACUCAGAAGCUCAAAAUAAAGUUCUCCCCGUUGGACGUUGCAGAGUUUGAGAGCACCCUGUACUGCCACAUUCCCAACCUGCCAUCUGGAGAGCAAGGCCCUGUUUUGCAAACAAAAGGGCGAAGCGUCCUUCCAGUCUGCCAUUUUGACCUGAAGGAAUCAGACUACAUCAGCGGCCAUCGGCGCAACCCAGAGCUCCGAGGACCAGGAGCUGGGCCAAUUGAUCCAAAUACCCGAGUGAUUGAGUUCAUCAGCGUGGGAAUAGGAGGAAAGAAUCUCCGGACCUUUACAAUUCUGAACCCGACUAACAGCACCUACUCUUUCUGCUGGACCUCUGAAGAAACAGAAAGCCUCCAGCACCCUCCAGCCUUUGUGUGUCUUACAGAGAAGGGUGUCAUCCACCCUGAGAAGAAAGCUGAGAUCGUGUUCCAGUUCGUGCCCAUUCACCUGGACAUCACAGAAGCAUUCUGGACAUUCUCCAUCCCAGAGCACAAUAUCUCAGUCCCCUUCCUGCUGGUGGGCAAAACCACAGACCCGCUCAUCUCUCUUGACAAGUCGCACCUCAACUUCAGCUCUCUCCUCAUCGGCAGAGAAGCCAGAGAGACAGUGCAGAUCAUCAACAAGGAGGAGCAUGGGUUCAAUUUUGCCUUCCAGGACAACUCCCGCUAUUCCGAAGGGUUCAGCAACAACCUGGUUGUAUGUCCCAUGGAAGGUUGGAUCCCUCCACUGACUAGGUUCCCAGUUGAUAUUUUCUUCACACCGAAGCAAGAAGGAGAUGUGAACUUUAACUUGAUCUGUAAUGUAAAGAAGAAAGCCCAGCCUCUAACCCUCAAUGUCAAGGCCGAAGGCUACACUAUGAAUGCUGGGGUCAAGUGCAGGGACAGGACAGGCUCCACCAUCCUCUUGACAUCCAACGAGAUUAACACCAUCAACUUCUAUGAUGUACAGUUAAAUGAAUGUGUUCUGUGUGAAUUCAGCUUCAUCAACACUGGCAAGUUCAACUUCAGCUACCAGGCAGAGCUCUCUGGGCCCAAAUCCCUAUUGCAGUACUUGGACUUCACACCCACCGACAACAGUGUAGAUGUGGGUCAGUCUGAACCGGCCAACCUGUCUUUCCAACCGUAUCAGAAGUGCGUCUUGAAGGGCAUAGAACUCAAAAUCAAGAUCAACCACGGCCCCACAUUCACAUGCAACAUCUUAGGCUGUGCUGUGAGCCCAGCUAUCCACUUCUCCUUCACCAGCUACAAUUUUGGGACUUGCUUCAUCUACCAACCAGGGAUGCCCCCAUACAAACAAAUCCUCGUUAUCACCAACAAAGAAGAAACAUCUAUGAGCUUGGAUUGUUUGUACACCAACACCCCACACCUUGAGGUGAACUUCAGCGUGGAAGUGAUAAAGCCGGGGAAGUCGCUGGAGAUUCCCAUCAUCUUUUACCCCCGGGAAGCUAUCAACUACCGAGAAGUCAUCGUCUUUGAAAUCAAUGGGCUUUCUCAACAGACGGUGGAGGUCAAAGGGAAAGGCACAGAAAUGAAGAUUCUAGUUCUGGACCCAGCCAACAGGAUCGUGAAGCUAGGAGCCGUCCUGCCAGGCCAGGUUGUAAAGAAAACAGUUUCCCUCGUGAACAACAGCCUUGCCCAGAUCACCUUUAACCAAUCGGUCAUGUUCUCCAUCCCAGAGCUCCAGGAAGCCCAGGUCAUCACCUUGGAGCCCUUUCACAAUAUCAUCCUGAAGCCUAAAGAAGUCUGUAAAGUGGAAGUUACCUUUGCCCCCAAGAAGCGCAUCCCUCCUUUCUCUGAGGAAGUGUUCAUGGAAUGGAUGGGACUACUGCGUCCCCUCUUCCUCCUCAGCGGCUGCUGUCAGGCCCUGGAGAUUUCCCUGGACCAGGAGCAUCUUACCUUCGGUCCUGUUGUACAUCAGACACAAGCCACGCGGCGCAUUCUCAUGUUGAAUACAGGCGACGUGGGUGCAAGGUUUAAGUGGGAUUCCAAGAAAAUCAAGUCUCACUUCUCCAUUAGCCCUGAAGAAGGCUACAUCAGCUCAGGCAUGGAGGUUGCUUUAGAAGUAACCUACCACCCCACGGAGAUGGGAAAGGAGAGUUUCUAUAAAGACAUUUUCUGCUUCAUCCAAGGAGGAAACCCCCUGUGCCUCACCCUGUCUGGAGUCUGCGUGGGACCACCUAUAAUAAAAGAGGUGGUGAAUUUCAACUGCCAAGUGCGCUCCAAGCACACGCAGACCAUCCUGCUGUCUAACCGUACCAACCAGACCUGGAAUCUGCGCCCCAUCUUUGAUGGUGACUACUGGGAGGGGCCUGAGUUCGUCACCCUGGAAGCCCAUCAGCAAAACAAGCCCUAUGAGAUCACCUACAAGCCCCGCACCAUGAACGUGGAGAACCGCAAGCACCAGGGCACUCUCUUUUUCCCUCUCCCGGAUGGGACUGGCUGGCUGUAUGCCUUACACGGGACUGCCGAACUCCCCAAAGCUGUUGCCAAUAUCUACCGUGAGAUUCCGUGUAAGACUCUCCAUGUUGAGCUCCUGCCAAUCAGCAACUGGCUGAACAAGCCCCAGAGAUUCCGGGUCAUCGUGGAAAUGCUGAAACCAGAGAGGACAGACCUAAGUGUCACUCUGAAGGGCCUCGAUUACAUUGAUGUUCUGUCUGGCUCCAAGAAAGACUACAAGCUGAACUUCUUUUCCUACAGGGAAGGACUGUAUACUGCAAAGGUGAUCUUCCGGAACGAGGUGACCAAUGAGUUCUUGUUCUACACUGUGAGUUUCAGGGUCAUCCCUUCUGGCAUUAUAAAAACCAUCCAGAUGACAAUCCCAGUCCGCCAGAGUGUCUCAGCCUCCAUCAAGUUGGAGAACCCCCUGCCCUACUCGGUGACCUUCUCUACAGAGUGCAAGCUGAGUGACAUCAGCCUGCCUUCCCAGUUUGCCGUGCCUGCAAACUCUGACGGAACAUUCUCAUUUGAAUUCCAGCCCUUGAAAGCUGGAGAAAGCAUGGGGAGACUGGCCCUGCACAACAGCGACUUGGGAUACUACCAGUACGAGCUCCUUCUUAAGGCCCUGCCCGCACCUCCUGAGAAACCUGUCCACUUCCAGACUGUUCUUGGCAGCAACCAAAGCAUCUUUGCGAAGUUCAUCAAUUAUACCCGGCAGAAGACAGAGUACUACUGCAGGAUGGAUUGUCCUGACUUCCACACAGAAAGAGUCAUUAAUGCAGCCCCCGGAGCCCAGGGUGGCACUGAAGUCAGCGUGGAAGUCUUCUUUGAGCCCAGCCACCUUGGUGAGACCAAAGGCAUCUUGAGCCUGUCGUCAAUGGCAGGUGGUGAAUAUAUCAUCCCACUCUUUGGACUUGCUCUGCCCCCCAAGCCCCAAGGCCCCUUCCUAAUCAGAGCCGGGUACAACAUCAUCAUCCCCUUCAAGAAUGUCUUCUUGCAUGCAGCGAACUUCUCCUUCAUUGUGGAGAACCCAGCCUUCACCAUCCGAGCCGCAGAGGCCGUGAGACCCAAGAAGAUCAAUAACAUCACCGUCUUCUUUGAGGGGAACCCGUCAGGCAGUAAAACCCCUAUCACCACCAAGCUGAUCGUCACCUGCCCUCACUGUGAAGGCUCUGAAUCCGGGAUCAAAUGGGUUUAUUACCUGAAGGGCAUCACCCCUUGAGUCACAGCUGCACCACGUAUGUGAGCCGUGAGCUGUGGCAUCUUAGCAAAGAACAGAGAAGAGAAGGGGACCUUUCCUAGGACUUUCUUCCCUGUGUUUAUUAAUAGGGGGAAUUAUUUCUAUAUUAUGUUUUACACAUACAGAUGUGAAAUUUACGUUCCACAUUAAAAUUUAUAG